CUUGUGUCGUGAGCUAUGAACGCGAAAAGAAAGCCACUGCAGAAUUUCAGAGCUGCUGCUGCUGUUGCGAAACACGCUCAGAGAUUUUCWUCAUCUAAGAGUGCAGGUGAAAGGGAAGCCGCACACAAGAAAGCUUUUACAAAAUGGAUCAAUUCAAAGCUGUCUCAGCACAGUCCACCUUCACAUAUUACCAACGUUGGYACCGACCUGUCAGAUGGCAAGGCACUGUUAAACCUCCUCGAAGUCCUUACUGAUAAAAAACUGAAAAAAGAAAAGGGGAAUUUACGUGUACACAAGAUUAACAACGUUGAGCGAGCUCUUACCGUUCUAGAAGAAUGCAACGUCAAGCUAGUCGGCAUCAAUGGGUUCGACAUUGUCGAUGGAAAGAUCCGCGUGAUACUKGGUCUACUUUGGAGUAUCAUCCUACGAUUUCAAGUACAAGAAGUAAUGCAACAAGAAGGAAACCAGGAGGCAUCUAAAAGUUUUGCCGUCGAAAAAAGUUUAUUAGAAUGGUGCAAGGAGCGUCUGAAUGGAUAUGACGUUAAAAUUUCGGACUUUUCUGGAAGCUGGCGCGAUGGACGAGCAUUCAAUGCAAUUUUGCAUUCCUACAGGCCAAAUGCAUUUGACUUUUCUUSUCUGUCGUCCAUGAACGACAGGGAGAGACUGGAGCACGCUUUCUCUUUUGGAGAGAAAGACUUUGAAAUUCCAAGAAUUCUGGAUUCGUCAGAUGUGUAUGUGGAAAGGCCUGACAAGAAGCUAGUUAUCCUYUGUCUGUCACAUUGGUAUGACUACCUUGAAGGAAGCAAAGCUAAGGAUAGACAAGAGGUCAGUUUCUGUUGUCCUUCACGAUUAGACAAAAACAAAAUCAGUAAGUUAUGUUUGGUGGUAGCCAUCUUAAUUGGCUGUGCUUGCAGCUUUCAGAGAAUAAAAACGAUAAAUCAGUGGACACCCUGCACACAAUAUUCAGUUUUAAUUUCAAUCGAUUAUUGCAUAAUAAGACAAAAGUUAAUUACCUUUUUCUUCAGAUCUGCUGAAGAAUGUGAGCAAGCAAAGAGGGAAAUGAAUCGUAAACUAGACGACCUUGACGCUGCCGUUGAUGAUGCAGAGUCACGAAAACCUUCCACAAGACAGAGAGACCUCAAUGGCAUUGAUUUGUGYAAGGCUCAGCUAGACAGACACAAUAAAUACCUUCGAUCACUUGAUUCAUUGGAUCAAACWAAAGCUGGYGUGUUCAGAGARGUAGACGAAACCAUCAACAACGRAUACUGUGAUCAACAAGAGGCUGAACGGUACAACUUGAGAAUGAGAUCUAUAGAUGAUCGUAUCAAAGGACUAAGAGAUGAAGGCAUUGAGAAUAAAGAAAGGGUAACUUCCUCAUUGAACAUACUACUGAAGCAAAACCUUCAGAAGAUAGAAGACUUUGUAAUCAAGUCAGAAAAUCACAUCAAAAAUGCURAAGAAGUCAGUAAAGAUUAUGAUACAGUAAAACAGCAGCAGGACGAACAUCAGAAAUUUCGGGAAGAUCUGAACGAUCACAAGUUUAUCAAUAUGAUUCUUGAUGUGGACGUGWCUGACCCUUCAAUAGACAACAAAACACGUGCACAGAUAAAGUCGAUCAGUAGACGAUGGAAGGAAGUGUCUGAAUGGUCAGARGAGAGAAGAAAGAAGCUUAUGGGGGCCUUAGGGCAAUGGCAGAAGUUCCGAGACGAAGAGCUCAUCCUUCUUAAUUGGCUUGCUGGAAAAGAAAAGGCYCUGAAAGAGAUUAAUAAGACAGACAUAAUGGAUGACGCCGAAGUAAARAAGAGCGAGAAAGCUCUUGAUCAAAUUCAAAAAGAGCUGGAGGAACAGGAAGCAAGGCUUGACAUCCUUCACGAGUGUGGGGAUAAACUUAUCCAGGAAUCUGGUAACGAUAUAGAAGCGAAAGAUGAAAUCGAAAAACAAUUAAAGGACUUCGAUGGUUGUUGGAACGAUAUUGCAAGACAAGUUAUUGAAGGGAAAGAAAAGCUCCAAAAUGCAAGUAAUAAAAUCAGGGAGAUGCACACGGAAAUGGAGGAGGUCAAUAUUUGGAUGGAUGACGCAAACAAACUAAUGGAAGAUCACGACAAAGAAGAAAAUCAAGAGGAGCAGAACAAAAUCAAAGACAAAAUUGAGUUAAAAUGUGAGGAGCGCCCCAAAACACAAAAUCAAGUCCAGCGGACCAACUUACUUGCCAAAGACUUGAUGUCAAUCAUGGAUAAGGAUUCAUCAGAAAAACUUGAAAACGACCUGGAUCAAUUCAACGAGAAAUGGAGAGAAAMCAACGCAGCUCUAGAAAGUUUUAGUGAUAAAGGUUACAACGAGAAAUCUGAAUGCUGCCUGAUGAGAAUCAUUAAGAGGAAAUUCAAAUCAACCAAUAAUUAAUGGACAUAGUCUAUAUAUAUUAGGCAUAAGCAGGUCUUACCACGCAUUCCAGGGUCUGGGGAAUACCGGCCAUAUAUAAGAGGACUCAGAUAAUCUUCAUAGAAUGUUAGGUAUCUUAAAAGUACUGCAAAUUGGGUGUGGCUUUCAGUAAUAUAAGGUCAACCUUAAAAGUAUGUUACCAGCAUGUAUUAAAAGCAUAAAAGUUUAAAUCAAACUAUAUUUAUAUCUGAAACAUCGAUGAUGGCGUGAUGUUAUCUUUAUUUGGUGCUCUAUUGGUGAGUAAGUUAGGGGAAAUGUAGAUUCUGAAUAAACCGGACAAAACCUGAAUAAACCAAAAAGUGCUGCCAGAUCGCUAAYAAGGUUCGACAAUCGUAAUAUAAAUAAGGUUGUUACAUUCUUGCGGCGUAAGCCGGAAAUAUAUURAUAAAAAUGGCUUGAUAUAGUUGAAGUUAGUAAAUAAAGAAAAUAAAGARAAAAAGGGAAUUUCAUUA